GAAAGGAUUUGCAAUUUGCAAGCAUUGCCAAACAGUGUUUCAUGAAUUGAGGUCGCUAAAUUAUCUUUUUUGUUAGUCAAAUUAUAAAAGUGCAAUUAUAAGGAAGAGUCGUAAAACAGGUACAAACAGUGUGUUGAGGCGUCAAAAUCGAAAGAAAAUAAAAAUAAUGGAAAAAAGUGCAUUAAACUGAGCUUUUUCUAUCUAUAAAUUACAAUGGAAGUUGUGGAGUUGACUGAAGAAGCACCCAAUAAUAAUCAGUUUACGGUCGCAGAUUUAGAUAUUGAAAUCCUUCCAGUUAUUUACGAAAUCAUUCGAAGCGUUGAAAAAGAUCCACAUGAUACUACUCAAAAAGCAAAAGAAUCUCAAGACACGAGUCAAAAGAUUUUAGAAUUACAAAAAAAGUUGGAUUCUGCCAGAGCUCAGAUCAAAAGACUUCCUGGAAUCGAGUAUAGUAAAGAAGAGCAGCUACAAAAACUGGAAACUCUUAGAAAUCAAUUAAGACUGAAAAGGGAACUUCUUCUCAAAUACCGUAAUAUGUGCACACCUGAAGUGCCAAAAGCUUAGUUAAAUCAAU